AUGUUCGGCCGCAAGAGCCCGAAGCCCGAAGCCGUCGAGGCUCGGGCGACGGAGGAGCCGGUGCAGGAGAACAAGUCGUUCUGGAAAUCCAUCGUGCCCGUCAUGGCCUGCGGCGCGGGUCUGUUUUCCGACGGCUACAUCAACAACGUCAUUGGCUCGGUCGUGACCAUCUUGGCGAUACAGUACGGCGAAGUCUGGGCGACGUCGAAUGCGAAGCACUACUUGGGUGACAUCGCUUUUGCCGGAACCGUGGUCGGGCAGCUGGUCUUUGGCUAUCUAUCCGACAAAUGGUCGCGCAUGAAUUCGCUACUUCUCUCGACCGUCAUCCUGCUCGUUUUCACUGCACUUUCGGCCGGGUCCUACUACCAUGGCGACGCUGUGGGCAUGUUCAACAUCCUGACGGCGUGGCGCUUCUUUGUCGGCAUUGGCAUUGGAGGCGAGUAUCCAGCGGGCAGCGUGGGAGCCGCCGAGUCGACAAGCGAGCUCAAGACCGGGACGAGGAACAUGUGGUUCAUUUUGUUUACCAACUCCAUGAUCGAUUGGGGCUUCGUCUUCGGCGCGUUCGUGCCCUAUGUCGUCGCAGCGGCUUGCCAUAAUGGACACCUCAGCACCAUCUGGCGCACCAGUCUCGGCAUUGGCGUCGCUUUCCCCCUGGUCCUGUUCAUCCUGCGUAUUUUUGUCAAGGAGCCGGAGGAGUACCAGAAGAACUCCAUGAAGCACGCCAAGACCCCCUACCUCCUGGCCCUCCGUUUCUACGGCUUCCGUCUGUUCAUCGUCAGCCUGAUCUGGUUCAUCUACGACUUCUCCGCCUACUCCUUCGGCAUCUACUCCUCCACCAUUCUGGCCAACAUCUUCGACUCCGACACGGCGCCCUUGACGACCGUCUUCGGCUGGAACACGGUCAUCAACCUCUUCUACAUCCCGGGCACCAUGCUGGGCGCGCCCUUCUCGGACCUGGUCGGACCCCGCUACGCCCUGGCCACGGGCGUCACGCUGCAGGCCAUCGUCGGCUUCAUCAUGGCGGCCUGCUACGGCCGGCUGGCGCAGCCGUCCAUGGUGGCCGCCUUCGCCGUCGUCUACGGCAUCUUCCAGUCGCUCGGCGAGGUCGGCGCGGGCAACAACAUCGGCCUCAUCGCCGCCAAGACGUGCGCCACGGGCGUGCGCGGCCAGUACUACGGCAUCGCCGCCGCCAUCGGCAAGGUCGGCGCCUUCGUCGGCACCUGGGUGUUCCCCUACAUCGUGGCGGCCGGCGGCGACUCGGAGACGCUGUCGGCGCAGUACCCGUUCUGGGUGUCGAGCAGCCUGUGCGUGCUGAGCGCCUUCCUCGUCCUCGUCGGCCUGCCGCAGAUCGGCCAGGACACGAUCGCCGAGGAGGACCGCAAGUUCCGCGCCUUCCUCGAGCAGCACGGCUACGACACGCGCCAGCUCGGCUUGAGGAAGGGCGAGAGCAUCGAGAGCGGGAGCGGCGUGGAGGUGGUCGAGUCCGAGGAGAAGCCCGUGCGGGCCUGA